UACACACUAAAAAUGGCCUUGCGCUGUGUCAACAACCUGCUAAGGAAGCAGGCCGCGAAAGAGUUAUGCAUUGCUAUGGGCAUUCGUUUGGUCACGGACUCACAGAUAGUCGAUUUGGCUGCAAAUGCACGAUACCACGCACUGUUCAUAGAUCUGGAGCAUUCUUCCCUAACACUGCGUGAUGCAAGCCAACAUUGCAUGGCUGGACUUCAGUCUGGACUCACCCCUUUCGUUCGAGUUCCGUAUCAAUGUGGCAAUGGAUUCGUGCAAAGGGUUCUGGAUGGUGGUGCUAUGGGAGUUGUAUUCCCUCACAUUCACGGCAAAGACGAUGCUGCAGCGGCAGUAUCGAUCUGUAAAUAUCCAUCCCAGGGCAAGAGAUCCAUGACCGGGCAGCUUCCACUGUUCUGCCUCAAGCCGACUUCCCAAGACGUAAUAAUAUCUGAGACAAAUGCCAACGGAUCGACUGUAUGUGUCAUGAUCGAGACUAAAGAGAGUAUUGAGAAUAUAGAAGAAAUCGCUUCAGUGCCUGGCGUCGACAUGUUGCUGGUCGGCUCCAAUGACCUCGCUAUCGAGCUUGGAGUUCCUAAUCAAUUCAAGAGCGAAGUCUUUCGCGCCGCUCUGGUCAAAAUAAGCCAAGCAUGUAGGAAACAUUCGAAGAUUAUGGGCCUUGCGGGAAUAUACGAUAAUGUUGAGCUCCAUAGUUGGGCCAUCAAUGAGCUCGGAAUCGGCUUCAUCUUGGGAGGUCAGGAUUCUGGUUUUAUUGCAAGAGCAGCGAACGAAAGCGCAGCGGCCAUAGUUGGAAUAGAGCGCAGCAGGAUAUGAACUGGAAUGGGAUAAAGAUGUUCAGUGCACCAAAGUCCAGC